AAAUUUGAAGUGAAUCCGACAAAUUCUUUUCGAGUUAUUUAACAAUGACCAAAGGACGCUCGGGUGCUACGUGGCAUUCGAGAGCAGGUAGCUAGAAACAGCUGCAAGCAACCGACUUUUCGGGUUUCAUUGUCAUGAAUAUCUCCCCAUUUUAAUGUAUUUAUAAUUAUAUAUAUAUAUAUAUAUAUAUAUAUAUAUAUAUAUAUAUAUCCUUCUACAUAUAUUCACAAUUUGUAGGUAGUACAAGAACUGAAAAAUAAUUUUUGGUUGCCAGUAUACCUGUAGUCGUUGCACUGAUCAGUCGAUAGUUUUGUGAUAAAUUAUUUCUCAAGUGAAUUAAAUUAUUAACCAUGGGACGUGAUUCUAGAAAGGUUUCAAGAGAACUUCGGAGUUCUGAAAAAAUUAAUAAGUCGCGUUCAGUCAAAAGAAAGAAUGUUUUUAAUCCGAAAACAGCCGAACGUGAUGAAAGUAUUCAGAGUACAUCUUCUAAAAAAUUAAAACAAAACACUGAAGAUGAUGUACCUGAAGACAGCAGUACUGAAUUUCGAAUAAUAAAUUUUAUUCAGGUAUUCACUGCAAUUUCUGCUCUUAUAAAAUGUAAAAAAUGUGAUGGAAAUGUAGUGUUUCAAACAGCAAGUACACGUGGGCUGGGAUUCAAAAUUGUAGUUGCAUGUAAUAACUGUGGAAAUGAAUAUAUUCCUUCCUGUUCUUUCGUUGGGCAUUCUUAUGAAAUAAACAGACGUUUCAUUUUUGUAAUGAGAAUACUAGGAAUAGGAUACGAAGGAUUGUGCAAGUUUUGCGGCCUGAUGGACAUGCCGUCUUUUUUAGAUAAAUCUACGCAUACAAUUUUACUGAAACAGAUUUUGAAUUGUAGUAAAGCCGUCGCAGAAACCUUCAUGACGAAAGCUGUGAAUGAAGAAAAGCAAGCAAUGCCAACAACUGAAAAUGAAGAUAUAAAUCAUCUAACUGUAUCGGGAGAUGGAACCUGGCAAAAACGGGGAUAUACAUCGUCAUUUGGAGUUUCUUCUAUAAUUGGCUAUUUUACUGGAAAGAUUCUUGACAUAAACAUUAAAAGUGCAUAUUGUAAGCUAUGUGAGUAUUGGAAAAAAAAAACAAAUACUGUUGAGUUCGAGGAAUGGUAUCAAUCGCAUGAAGAUGUGUGUUCUGCUAAUCAUCAAGGGUCUUCUGGGAAAAUGGAGGUGGAUGCGAUGGUCGAAAUGUUUUCGUAUUCUGAAACUAAAUAUGGAGUUAAGUAUGCCAACUAUAUUGGUGAUGGUGACUCCAAGACCUAUUCAGGAAUUAUAAAAUCAGAUCCUUACGAAAAUACAACUGUAAAUAAAAAGGAAUGUAUAGGGCAUGUCCAAAAGCGGAUGGGGAGUCGAUUACGUACGCUGAAGAGUAAACAAAAAGGUCUUGGUGGUCGAGGUAAGCUCACAGGAAAAUUAAUAGACAAACUAACUGUGUACUAUGGUUUAGCAAUACGCCGGCAUUGUGAUUCUAUUGAAAAUAUGAAAUCUGCUAUAAUGGCAACCUUUUAUCACUACGGCUCGAGUGAUGAAAAACCGAAUCAUGAUAUGUGUCCAAAAGGCGAAGAAUCUUGGUGCUCUUACCAGCGCGCUGAAGCAAGAGGAGAGCUUGAUACCUUUUCUCACGAUUAUUCUCCUUUACCUUCUGAUGUUUUAAAAGCUAUCAAGCCUAUAUACGAAGAUCUUAGUAAUGAAAAUUUACUUUCAAGAUGUGUAGGUGGAUUCAAUCAGAAUAAUAAUGAAAGCUUUAACCAACUAGUAUGGAAAAUAUGCCCAAAAACGGUAAAUACUAGUUUUACUAUCGUACAAAUAGCUGCAUACGUUGCUAUGUGUAUAUUUAAUGAGGGUAUAAAUUCAUUAUUAGUCUUGAUGAAUACACUAGGACUUAAUUGUGGGCCUAAUUCUCAUCGGUAUGCAGAAAGAAUGGAUGCUGCACGUAUCAAAGUAGCAGAUAAGCGCGCUAAUGAUAACACCCGAGAAGGUCGAUUGCAACGUAGGCACCAGCAAAUCGAUAUUUUGGAAGCUGCUAUGUCGGCUGAAGAGCUAUUAUAUGGUCCAGGAAUAGAUGACUCAGUAUGAAUCUCCAAGGACUUAUGAUGAUCACCGCAAAGGACUUCGGGAGGAACGGGCUCUACAAAAACAGCGAUAACUUUUUGAAUUAUUAAUUUUUUUUUUUGAAAUUUUCGUGAAGUCAAAUCGAAACGUGUUCUAAUAAAGCUAUGUUUUUAUUUUUGUCAAAUAAAGUAAUUAACUACAAAAAAAAAAUUAUUGAAAAUCAU